AUGGCCACGCCUAUCAGCUUGAAAGAUCUGACGGUUGAUAACAUCACUGAAAAUGUUCACGUCAUCAACUCUCAGUGCAGCAAUCUGCGGAUAAAGUAUAUUCUAGAGCGGACCGUUACACAUCUGCACGAUCUUGCGAGAGAAACUAGACUCACCACAGACGAGUGGAUGGCGGCUAUUCAAUUCCUGACCCGAGUAGGUCAGAUUUCGUCAGAUGUCAGGCAGGAAUUUAUUUUGUUAUCGGACGUCUUGGGACUCUCCCUUCUAGUAGACUCAAUCGAUCAUCCCAAGCCAAAAGGCAGCACUGAAGGCACAGUCUUGGGGCCCUUUCAUACUCAUGAAGCCCACGAUGCAAUUGCAGGCUCUCUGAUAUCACAUGACCCAGAUGGCGAGCCACUUCUCGUCCUUUGUACGCUGAAGGACACCAACGGGCAGCCCAUCUCUGGGGCCAAGAUCGAUACGUGGGAGACCGACUCAAAGGGGUUCUACGAUGUGCAGCACCAAGACAGAAGCGGUCCGGAUGGCAGGGCUAUCUUGACAAGCGAUGAGAUAGGCAACUUUUGGUUCAAGGCUAUUGUGCCCGUACCAUACCCUAUCCCGCACGAUGGGCCGGUAGGACAGCUCCUCAAUGUGCUGAAUCGCCAUCCGUACCGGCCAGGCCACAUGCACUUCAUAUUUAAAAAGGACGGCUACGACCCAUUAGUCACGCAAGUCUAUCUUAACGCUCAAACUCCUGAAUAUGAUCACAAACUAACAUGUAUUUAUAGUGCAUUAUAUCUCAAAGAUGACCCUUAUGAAUCUGCCGAUGCCGUCUUUGGCGUUAAGGACUCUCUUGUAGUCCAGAUUAAAAAGGUCGAGGAUGAGGAAAUGGCAAAGAAAUAUGGCGUCAAAUUGCGCUCUGCCCUUCUUACCUAUGACUUCGUCCUAGUUAAGGAGCAAGCUGCCGCGGAGUUGCGCAGACAAAAGGCCGAGGAAGCAAUGGCUAAAUUAGGUCGCAAAAUCAGAUUUAUUGACGAUCUGCCUGUCCCUGAUGUAGACUAA